AUGAGAAUAUAUUUUAUCACAUUAAUUUAUUUCUUUACAUUAUUAUUUUCAUUAACAAAAUGUAUUAAAAACAAGAACAGAAAUAACAUAUCAAAUUUAACCUGUACCUAUAAUUUGUCAAGGGUAAGAAAUAGGCCUAUAUUUACCACAGGUACUAAAAGGAGAAAGAUCAGGAAUGACUUUUUUUUUUUAAACAACCCCAGAAAAAUGAUAUCAUUAUGUAAAAAAAUUGGUAUAAAGAAAAAGUUCUUAUUCUCUAAAUUUCAAGGGAAAUAUAAUCUGUACUGUACAACAAAAAAUGUUGAAAGGACGAGAAUUAAAGACUUAUUCAACAUGGAUAUAAAAGAGGCAGAAAAAAAAAAUUUUAAAAUUUGCGGUUGGAUAAAAUCAGUGAGAACUGUAGGAAAAAGUUAUUUUGUUUUUGUAGAUAUUAAUGAUGGUUCCUAUUUUAAAAAUUUACAAGUUAUAAUUGAUGAGAAAAUUCCAGACUAUGAUUAUAUUUUAAAAACUUCUACAGAUGAUGCUAUCGAAUGUUUUGGAGAGUUAAAAGGAUCCAUAGGAAAAAAACAAAACAUCGAAUUGUGUGUAUAUGAUAUUUCAAAAAAUCAUUAUAUAAAAUUAUUUAAACAAAUGGAUCAGAACAAUGUAGAGGAAAAGGAAAAAAUAAAUGACAGCAAAAACGAAAAAGAUAACCACAAUAAUAAUAAGGACAAUCUUAAUGAUGAUAUUAUUUUUACUAAGAAAACAUCUGUUCAUAUAAAUGAAGAUAAUAAAACAAAGGACGCCAAACAGAAUAAAGAAGACUAUUAUGUGAUAUCCAAAAAAUAUCACACGAAACAAUAUUUAAGAAAUUAUCCACAUUUAAGAGCAAGAACAAAAUUAUAUAGUAGCAUAUUUAGAUUAAAAUCAGAUAUAAUUUUUGAAACUUUUAAUUUUUUUAAAAAAAAAAAAAAUUAUACAUAUAUUAAUACACCCAUUUUAACAAGUAAUGAUUGUGAAGGAGCUGGGAAAUUGUUUUAUGCAACUACAUUAUUUGAUCAACAAAAUGAAAAUAAAAAAAAAGAAGAAGAUCACAUGAAAAAAGGAAUAACACAUGAAACAACAACUAAUAUAAAAGAAAAAUGUUAUAAUCAAAAAGAACAUUUAGAAUAUAUAUCAAAUCAUAAAGGUAUAUCGAAAAAUGAAAAUUUUAACGAAAUUCUAUUAAAAAAUGUAUCUAAUGAUUAUGUACCACUUAAAAAUACAGAAUCAUCUAAUAAUAUUUUUGAAAAAGAUUUUUUUAAAAAGGCAUGUUAUUUAAAUGUAUCUAGUCAAUUAUCUUUAGAAUGUUUAUGUUGUUCGAUAGGGGAUGUAUUCACUUUAAACCCUUCCUUUAGAGCAGAGAAUUCAAAUACAUUCAGACAUUUAAGUGAAUUUCUGAUGCUAGAAGUGGAACUAGCCUUUUCAAACUUGAAAGAUAUAAUAGACGUUUCAGAAGAAUAUAUCAAAGAAAUGAUUACAUAUGCCUUAUACAAAUCAGAAGAUGUAAAUUAUCUAAAUGAAUAUCAUGAUAAAGAUUUAAAAAAUAAACUAGAAAAUAUAUUAAAUAAAAAAUUUGUUGUAAUAACAUAUGAUGAAGCAAUAAAUAUACUGAAAAAAGAAAAUGCUUUUUAUGAUAUCCAAUGGGGUAAAGAUUUUUCAUUUGAAGAACAAAAAUACCUAGCGACAAAUUAUUUUAAAGCACCUGUUGUUAUAAUCAAUUAUCCAACUCAUAUAAAACCAUUUUAUAUGAAAUUAAAUGAAGAUGAAAAAACAGUCUCUUGUAUGGAUAUUAUUUUUCCAGAUGUUGGAGAAGUUGUAGGUGGGUCUGAAAGAGAAAUUAAUUUGAAUAAUUUAAAAAAACAAAUGAAAAAUAAAAAAUUAAAUAUGAAAUUAUAUGAUCCUUAUAUACAACUUAGAAAACAUGGAAAUAUACCUCAUGCUGGUUUUGGCAUAGGUAUGGAUAGAUUGAUUAUGUUCCUAUCAUCAAUAAAUAAUAUAAGAGAUGUGGUAACCUUUCCUAGAUAUCCAGGUUCAAUUUUUAUGUAA